AUGACAAUAGUUCCAAAAAACCGGCCGCGGUCGUCGUCCAGACCUCCUUCACGAACCAUUCCCAAUUCCAUCACAUCACCUUGGUCUAUUUCACGGUGUAGUCGUGUAUUAAGACCUUUUGAAUCACGACUCAACAUUUACCGGCUGAAGUUUCUGCGUCAUUCAAGUGUGGCGAAUAUAACUAGCUCUAAUUUCGAAGAUAUUAGCGCUCUCUUCAAAAUCGUGGGAAUCGAUUUGGAGUCCCAAAGUGAGGAAAGCGAUGAGGAGAUACCGAUUCUACAACACAAAUUGAGUAUUCUAAGGCGAUCACGAGAAAUAAUACCCGAUAACGAGAGUGGGGAUAAUUAUGGUCCUAGCGAAUCUGAGGGAGAUAAUAGUGACAGUGACUACAAUGAUGAGGAUUAUGCUGAUAAUGAAAACUCGGAGGACGAAAAAUAUGAAUCAUGUAAGAAAGUCAUCAAUCUCGAGCCGUCAGCUAAGUAUAACCAUGCUACAACAAAAAUAUUGAAAAUCAAUGAUCCAGGAGAUUAUGACUGGUUGAUGAUGAGAAAGAAUAUUCCCGAUAAAUUUUAUGAACCAUUAUCAGAGAUCUACACAGAAUUCAAAGUGUUAAUGACUAAGCUUGGUUCAUCACAAGAACCCCAGGUUUUAAGAAGUUUCUCUGAAUCAACUAGUAUCAAAAUUGGGAUCAGCAUGAUAUUGAACGAAAAAAACAAAUCUACUAGAGCUGAGGGCAAGGGGAGCGAUGAGAAUAGGUCCACAGAAGAUUAUCCCACGUUUGAAGAUAUCGACUCAGAAGAUAGCGAUAGUGGUGCUGGUCAAUUGAAAAAUAAUGGCAGAUUUAUUUCAAAUAAGCAAUUGGUUUUUGAAAACAGAAGCCAGUGGUAUCAUUUAUUACAGGGAAUGCAGCCUCAGUAUUUUAAGUGGAUUAUCGUGGGAGAAAUUAUUGGCCUAGUCAUCAAGAACUUUGAAAAUGUCAAACAUUUGAUGCCAAUACUCAUAAAAUUUUGUUCUAAAUAUGAAUAUCGGUAUAUGCAGCGCUACUUAAUUAAGGUAUAUUUGGAAUCCAUUGAGGAGUCAGAGUUCUGGGAUCAGGUGGUGAAUGCCCACGAGCCGUGCCAGGGUGCUUGGAGCAGUGGUAAAAGAAUCAACGAAUGGGUGAAAUAUGAUGAUAAUGAUAUUAUUAUUGGAGGAUAUAAACCAGAAUCAUAUUAUGUAAUUAUAAAAUAUUUGGCAAUAAAAAAACUCUACUUGAGCACAUUUAUGAGAAGUGAAUUAUUCGUGAUUAUUGAAAAAUCUGUUGAUGUUCUUAAUAGAGGUACCAAACAGUUAGAAAAUAUUGGGAACAUUUUUAAAAUUUUAUCACAGCUCAUUUACUGCAGUUUAACGGUUUUCAACUCUUUGGGAAAUGAGUAUACAAAUAUUGAUGAAAUGGUACCGAAGACGAUAAAUUUUGCGUUUAGGAAGGUUCUUAAAACAUUGAAUUUGAUCAUGAAUAAGAUAAAUAAUUAUGGAAUGACUGGUCAAUACUUGAGUUUUUUGGAAGAUGUGAAAGAAAUCAUGAGGAAUCAAUUAGAAUCACCGCCUAAGUCGCAACAUAUUGCAAUCCAGGUUAGAAAGAAUUGUGGAUCAUGGUUUAGAGUAUUAAGUGUUAUGAGAUCGACAAUUUCCAGCCACAGUCUACCGAAAAUUCCAAAAACUCAGGUAUUUAAGGUUGUGAAAUGCUUGAAAAUGUUUGCUUCUGAUGAAUUCCUUCAAAUGGUGAUUGACCAAUCCCCGGAUCACCCCUUGGUUUGGCAGCUAACAGGUGGCUCUGAGAGAUGGGUAGAUCGCAAACACGAUAACAGAACAUGCACUGCACCCUUAAUGAAAUCCAGAGUGAAUUGCCAAAUCAUAAAACCGCUAAGGAAAAAUGGUUCGCUCAGCUCAUUAAUUGGUGGCUCCAGUGACUCUGGUAGUUCUGACUCUAUCAGGUUGUUGGUAGGUAAUCUGUCUGGAAAGAUUGUAAGUCUGAGAAAGAAGCGCAGGGUCAGGCAGAUCACCGGAGGGAUCAUUUGA